AGAGGUUUCAACUCCAGACCAGUUGAUGGGAGGAACCAAAUGGAAUAUAUUAAGGGGGCAUCUCGAUUUGCAGUUUCCCCUCAGCUCGAAUCAUCAACUCAUCUGGUGUAAACCUCUCAACAAUUGAGCAAGAUUUGACAACUCGACCAAAAUAUACGGUCCGCACAAGCCAAAACAUUCAUCAGAAAAAACGCACACUCCUUUCCCCGAUACACGAUUCAAGAUGAAGUUCCAGCUCAUCACGGCGGCUGCUGCCAUCUUCGCCGCGACCGCGGCAGCGCUUCCCGCCCCCCGGCCUGACAGCCAGGCCAUCGACGUCCGUACGGACGACCUGAUCGACGAGACGAGCGUCGAGGCCGUCGAGGCCGCCGACGCCCGGGAUCUCGACACCCUCGACACCCGCGCCCCGCUCGAUCUCGGCGGUGACCAUGAUGUCACCGCCGAGUAUGCGGCCAUCGAGGCCCGCGACACCGAGUCGGUUGAAGGCCCCGAGCCUUUUGACCUCGGGGGAGACGAUGACGAAGAAGAGUAUGCGGCCAUCGAGGCUCGCGGUUUCGAGGACGCUGAGGCGGCGGAUGACGAGAGCCAAGAUGCCCCUGUGGAAUUCGAUCUCGGGGGCGACGAUGAGGGUGCCGAGGAUGAGGACGCUGAGGAUGUCGUCGACAAUGAGGGCGAUCACUUUGAGGCCAUCGAAGCCCGCGACGAGGGCUCUGCGCAGGAGUCUCACGACUUUGACGCGGAAGCCGAGACGGACGACGCCACCGAGGAUGUCAGCACCGAGGAUGUCGAAGCUCCCGAAGGCGGGGUUACGGACGCCGCCGAUAGUGAGGCUACCGAUGCCGAUGAAGAUCAAGACCUGGAUGAGUGAGGUGGGAUUUAAAAGGACGGCCUGCUAUUAAGCAGGGAUUUGACGAUGAUCUUUUGGCUUCUAAUUUGGUCUCCAUGGUGGCACUGUUUAGAGUGGCUUGGGAAAGCGGCAAUUCAACUGAUUUGUGCAAAUCAUUUGGCCUGAAAUGUAUAUAUGGCACGCACCAUGGCGUGUAUUUUCUCGAACUCUUAGUUCUUGUUCAAGUUUCGAUUCGUCUGAAAUUUUUGAUCAGUUCCAUCUUCCCUACCAUCACCCUGACCGGCUGUCGUUCCCUCUACUUCCCUGUAGCCGACUGCUCGGGGAGACAAUAGGAAAUCAGGACCAGAGCUGGGUCGCUCGAG